GCGACAUUGGCCCUAAUGUCAAAACAUCUGUUACUCUAUCCUAUAUUUCUUAGAGGUUAUCUUUGCGUAUUUAUUUUUGAAAUAUGAAUUAAAAUUAUACUUAUAUUUAAAGAAUCAAUGUGCUUUAUUUUUCCUGUAAAUAAAUAUUGCUUAUCUAAGUAAACAUUAAAAUAAUUAUCCGAUAUAUAGGAACAUAGAAGACCGGUAUUUAACUGAAAAGUAAAGAAGAUUUACUUCAAUAUGGAUUGUUAAGCUAACAACAACAAAUAAUUUUAAUCUUAAGCACACAUGCUAUGCACCAACUAUGGCUACAAUUUUAGAAAAUAUUAAAUUGCCUAUAAAACGGAACAAAAAGAUCCCAAUAUAUGUUGUCGAAGAACAUAAUGAUGCUUUGCAAUUUAUAUAUUCAGCUAUUGGCGGUAAAAAAUUGCCAGUGGAAGGAACAGUUUUACUUCAUUUGGACGCUCACCCAGACAUGCUGAUUGAUCGUAAAUUAAAAGGGGAAGACGCGCGCUCCGGAAGAAAACUACUGCCGUUAUUACAGAUUGAAAAUUGGAUUGUACCAGCCGCAGCUGCGGGACAUGUAGCGCGCGUGGUGUGGCUGCGUCCGCCGUGGGCGAAGCAGUUCAGUGACGGCACCCGAAAAUUUCAUGUGGGAGACCAUCCCGAAACUGGGCUGCUCCGGGUCGAUAGCAAAGAACCGUAUUAUUUGUCGGAUGCGUUAUUUUCCACACUGCUAUCUAACAAACGAGAAUUGACUUUAACUGUUGAAGAACUCUCUUGUGAAACAUCUAAAGAAGAUAAAAUGAAAAACCUGCUAGCAAAGAUUGAUAUUACUCAACCGUAUGUGCUUGACAUAGAUUUGGAUUUCUUCAGUACUGGAAAUCCAUUUCUAGGUUUAUAUGAGAAUAUUAAUUUGUACGACCGUUUGCUGCCGAUAUUCGACUUUCCACUUCCCGAGAGCGACGACGUGGAAACAUUGGAAAAACUUGUUGAGUCACGGGAACAGCAGCUACAAGAACUUGAAAACUUAUUCGAACACUUAGAUAAGAACAACAGCUUGGACUCUUACACUGGAAACAAAUCUCAUUUAUACAAUAUGGUUAAUGAAUUGGCUUCAGUUGUUUUAGCAGAAGCGAAAAGAUUAAAUGAAGUUCCAGAUUGGUGGGCUGUAUACGCCGGUGGUUGCACUAGAGAUCAAGAUGGGUUACCGUAUCAUAUCAGCACCAAAGAAGAAAUAAAGGAAACUGUAGAUAAAGCGCUCACACCGCUCUUACAAUCUCUACCUGUCCCAGUAUUGAUAACAAUAGCUAGAUCCACCGAUGAUGGAUAUUGUCCACCUCAUCAGGUGGACUACAUACAGUCUUUGGUUUUAGAAAGUGUAAUGAAAGUAUACGACACGGAUGAACCUGCCUUAUAUUACCUCAAUGUCAAUAUUUCCACCUAAAUACCAAAACAGAUAGCAAUAAAUCGAUUCAAUAGAUUUUCAA